UCCCUAGUCUUGAGACCGCGAUGAUGUCCAGUAUCGAGAUCGUCCUGUUCCUGCUGGCGCUCCUGAUGGGCCUGAUGCUGCGGCGAGCCGCUCAGGUGCCAGAAAUCGGCGUGAUCGAGCAGCUCGAGCGCAAGAUCAACAGCCUGGAGAACAAGAAGCGCAAGCUCAAGCGACAGCUGGCCGACUUCAGGGCGCGAGCUGGCAAGAGCGAAACCAGGCUGCUCGAGGACACGUCGGCGACGCGCGAGGGACAGAUGUACGUAGAUCUUGACAAAGAUCGUUCUGACCUAGAGGAUGGAUCCCAUGAGCUGGAAGCAUGUGCACACAAUCAUGAAGAGGCAGUGAGGCUUCUCCACUUUUGUCGCUCCACAAUACUUGAGAACCUUUCCAGUGCCAUCGACCUUGCUGAGAGGCGCAAUGCUGCAGUGUCAAAGCUGUACUUCGACGUAUUUGGCCAGACCAACGGCAAAGUUCAGCUGCUCAGUCAGCUCACCGAUCCUUGGAGGCGAUGGGCUGAACUGCUGGCUCUGCAGAGGGACCGCGCAGAAUGUGUCUUCACCCGCUGCCUUGAGAGGGCAAGCCGCCACAAGAAAAUAGAAGUUGAAGACCUGCCACCUUCCGCAGGCUUUAAGCUGUCGUGGCAGGAACCUGACUACGGCUUUGACCGCAUCCUCAACUUGGUGCGGACGCGGCUGUCUUCUCGCAUCUCGCGGUCGGAGAGUGUGGCAGACUUUGACUACCUGCGCAGUUCCAGCAACUCGUCUCCAACGAGCACCCUCUGUGGCGGUGGCAGUGGUAAUAGCGGUGGAGGUGGCGGCUCUGUGAGCAAAACCAACUGCUUCGGCACGGUGCGCAAGUCUGGUUACCUGCGCCUCGCACGCACACUGCACAAGCGCAUGCCCGAUGUGCCCGAGGAGAGGCUGGUGGCCUGUCUGGAGAUGCUGCGCUCGCAGAACGGUGGCCUCACAGGUCUCCGCGUCAGCGAGAUCCGCGAGGAAGUGUCACGCCUCAUCCACGAGUGGCCUUCUUCAGUGGUGCGGUGAUGCAGCCCCGCCUCCUCCCCUGUCAUCUCGCCCUCAUCAUCAGGCGAGUGUGCUAAUUCAACCACGCAUGCACAAAACAUUACGAUAAGCCACCACUCCAGACCGUUACC